AUGGAAUUAAAUAAGUCUUUAAAAACUGGUCAUAUAUAUUCUGGGAGUGAUGGUGAUAAUUCAAUUAAUGAAAAUAAUGAUAAUAUGGAUAUUGAUGAAAUUAAUACAUCAAAAUCGACUAUUGAAGAAUCUAAAAUGAAAUUUAGUGCGAUUAUUCGUAAAGUUGUUGAUAAUGAUGUUAAGCGAGCAGAAACUUCUCUUAAGGCUCUUUGUGAUGUAAUGCCUCCACAGUUGCGUUUAAUAAUGAACGGGUCUUCUAUUAAUGAAGUAUUCGGCAAUGUCAACAUGAAGAUCCAACUUUCUAAUGAACAUAAAGAACGAAAAAUGACCGAUUCCUAUAGUUUUGUUCCUCCUCCUUCAACCAUUGCCAAUGAAACAAAUACAAACAAAGAAAUAAAUUAUACUCGGGAAUCAAAUGAUUUAUGGCACAAUAAUAUUAAUCAUUUAGAUAAUCGGGGUAAUAAUGAUCAAGUUCAAAUAGAUGAAAAGGAAAUCGACAAACAAGAAGAGCUCUCAACAAAGUCUGUACAUCGUAAUGACCAUAUUCAAUCUGAACAAAAUAAACCUAUAGAACCGACAAAUCAUGAAAACUCUUCCACUACAGUCUCCUCAAACAAACGAAAAUCUACACAACCUAGGAAAUUUAUCAUCGAACAUCAUGAAACUGAAAGCAGGAUCAUUCGAAAAAGAGCUCGUCCAAACAUUAAAAAGAGGAAAGAUAUCAUUUCGAGCGAUGAGUCUGAAAAUAUGCAAACUUAUUCAGUUGACGAUCGGGAUCAAAUUAGUCAGCAUAACACUGAAGAGUCCUCGGAUGAUGAACCUAUCACUUCUUAUAAACAUAUAAAAUUGUCUACUACUCCUUCAAUAAUUGAAAAUCAAGACUCCUCUAAACCGAAAGGACGUUAUUCGACUAGAAAGUUAGCAAAUCCAAUCGUCAAAAAAGGAAAAAACUCCGAUUCUUCUAUAAAUUCCGAUCAAAAUAUGUUACAACAAAAUGGUUUGAGUAAACCAUCGAUGAAAGCUGCAAGAAAAUUCGCUGCUCCUGUACCAAAACCUGCUCCUGCAAAACCACAACGACCUUUAGGUUCUUUUGGCUAUUUUCGUAAAGAGAUGUUCGAUAAUCGAGAUUCUAUGUUAAUUGGCCUUCCGUGGAGAGAAUGUAUAAAAAUCGUAGCUCAACGUUGGAACUCAUUAAGUGAAGAGGAUAAAGAGCCUUAUAAUGAACUUCAACGUGUUGCAAGCAAGAGAUUUAAAGUGGAGAAUCGUGUCUAUCUUGACUAUUUAAAGGAGAAUGGAUUAGAGGAAGAAAAAAAGUGCAAGAUUUCCGAAAAAAAUGCUAGCAGACACACAAAUGAAAGCAAAAAGAGAAAUAUCAUAGAUGGCUCUGAAGACAGGAAGCCACGUAAAGUUUCAAAUAAUUCUUUGAACAAACCAUCGCCAAUCUCAAAAUCAAGAACUACCGCGAGUAAAAAUACUAUUCGUGCUGGCGCAGCAAGUCAUCCUCGUAAAUCUGGUGUGACUAAAAUCUUUAUCCCUUUUGUUCGUAAAGACUAA